UGUGCAAAAUGUGCCUUGCAGCUGGCGCUCCUCAACCCCAUCGAGAAUCCCGACUUGGAACUGGCCAUCGUCAUGCUCAUCGUUCCCUUUUUCGUGAACGCCCUCAUGUUUUGGGUGGUGGACAAUUUCCUCAUGAAGAAGCACCGGACCAAGGCCAAGCUGGAGGAGAGAGAAGAGGACUCACGGGGUAACGGCAAGGUGCGCUACCGGCGGGCUCUAUCCCACGACGACUCGGAGUCGGAGAUCCUUUUCUCAGCAGACGACGAGAUGGACGAGUCGGAUGAGGACGACGUUCGCCGCCUCGCGGGGCUGAAGGCGGUUAAGAAGAAGAAGCUGCGUAUGGGGAUCCCCGUGUGACCGAGCGCCUCGGCGAAAGGGCGCCCCGAGCGUCCACAGACUGAUUGCCGACCUCCUCAAAAACCCUUUCAAGCAUAGGAACCCCUUUCAUGGCCGAAGAGACUUGGCUUGGUUCUCACUUGUUGCACUUUGACACGUCCCCCCCCUCGAGUGAGGGCCCGUGUGAGUCUAGCAGGAAAAUGGAGCGCGUGACGGCAGCGUCGGGCCACCAUGCAAACGCUUUCUUCCUCCUCGUCGAACGGGAUUUUAUUUGACGAUGCGCCGCCUUGGACCUGUGCAUGGGCUCCGCUAGUCACACCUCAGGCUCAGAGGAGCCUUGGGCACCAUUCCACCCUCCUGUAAAUGACGCUCGUGUUCGAGUUAGCGCGUGCCGAUAGCGGUAUGCAGCAGAAUUAAGCUUAAGGAAAGAAGAAAAAAAUGCCAGUCACCGCCAAAGUCCUUAACUGGCGCCCCCUUCCGCCGCAGCGUGUCUUUCAGGACUGCAGCUCCACUGCGGUUUGUCAGUUGCUGUCUGAUGGCACGAGAAGUGAUCUUUGUCCCAUCCUUCUCUUGCACAACUCACCGCAUUGUUCCUCUUUUCUUUGGCACACCCGCGUGCCCGAGUGACAUGACCAGCAGCUGUUUUGUUUGUUUGCUAUAUUUGAUGGGACUUUGGAUGUUUGUGGAGCUCCCGAUGUUCAGGCGUGACGGGGCGUUCUGAUUCGAAGAAUGUGAUGCGCGUAGACCUCAAUACUGUUAGGUGACUGUGGACCAAACUGUCGGGAGAGGGGGUGUUUGGAGCCAAUAUUUGCCUGUGUGGGGGUGAGCGCGUGCAAAUGUUUGCGCUUGGUGUGAGUGACGCAACCCUUUCAAAGUGAUUGGGUUCAAAAUGUUUCCUGUGACGGCGGCGAUGCGGAGUCCAGGCUGGCACGUCAAAUACCUUUGAUUCGAAAGGAGGGAAAUCCGCGGCGCGGUUGUCUCCACCCUUGUCUGUUGUUUGGCAAAACGGAUUCAGAAGGAGAGGGGAAGGUCGCGAGAUGUCAUUGGGGACGAUUUUCCAAUAAAGAAUGAGAUCCGGGGAAACGCGCGCCGCCAUCCAA